AUGCCCAAAGAGCAGUAUAUGUGCCAGUUAUGUGCGAAUCAUGGUAUAUUCAACCAACCAAAAAAAGGUCACAAGCAAAAAUGUCCCCAUAGAAAUUGCAUUUUGUGUGCGCUCAAUACAAAGCGGCGAGCUUUGGAUCAAAUCGAACGGCAGCUGAGGAAUGCCACCAAUGAGGUUCGAAGUGACUCCACAGCGCCAAACAAUUCUGAUGGUAUCUUUUUGUCUUUGAUAGUGAUUACAAUCACUCUCAGUGGACAGCAUACGGUAACGGUAGCCCAGGGUAUUGGACGCUGCAAUUCUUGA